UAUUCCAAAAAUAGCUUCUACGGUUCUACGUUACCCCUCCUCUCUCCUUGCAACGCCAACUCAGGAGCUCUCUCUCUUAGAAACCGUAGCAAGCGAAGAAAAGAGCAAGCGAAUUCCGAGACUAUCCGCCCCUCCCCUCGAUCCGAUCAAGGAUUCAAGAUCCCCGUUUGUCCAAUCCAAUUAAUAUUCCUAAAACGACCCUAUUCAACGACCCUAUUCCCUCUGUUUUUCUUCUCUCUCCUGUCGCUCCCUUCCUCGGCUUCGUCUUCCCGGUUUUCUUCUCUCUUAGGAUUAGGGUUCCGAAGAUGAGAGGCGAGGAGCAGACCUCGAAGCUCUUCUACGAGCUCUGCGCUCUCCUCCUCACCAUCCUCCGCUCUCCCCACCUCGCCAUCCCCUCCUCCGACGCUUCCUCGGAGGAGGCACCGCCGUACCCGCGGCCCCCGCUCUCCGUGGCGACGGCCAGGUCCCGCGCGGCAAGGAGGCCGCCGGUAUCGCCGGCGGGCUUCGCCUCGCUCCUCCUCGGGGUGUCGUUCGCGCUCAUGCUCUGCGGGUCGGUGACGUUCGUGAUCGGGUUCAUUCUGAUGCCCUGGGUGAUCGGGCUGGUGAUGGUGUUCUAUCUUGUCGGGAUCGUGUCGAGUCUAUCGGGGUUGGGGAGGGCGAUCCUCUGCCCCGCUACCCCUUCGCCCUCGGCUUCGUCGCCCAAAGACAUCUCCGGCCAACUCUUUUCUAAACUUCCAAUUAUUUAGAUGUGAAGUUGCAACCGAUAGCAGAGUAGGUCUGCCACGGCGUCCAUGGCAUCAAGACUUAUUUGCAGGCCAGUAUAUGACUUGAUCCAUCUCGGUUAAUACUGGUUUAUAUCAUCCCUAAGUCUACAACUUUCUUUAAUUUUAAUUACACAUUGUACAAGUUAUCGGUCCUUAUAUGUGUUAAAUAACUAAAAAUCUUCUGUUCGACAGUUUCUUUGUAGAUUGCAAUGUAUUUUGCUUAAAGGGAUCUUAGAAAUCCUGAUGUUUACCUGUGAUAAUCUGGUCCCUCAUUUUUCUGCAUUGCCCAGCCAAUAGUUUCUUCUGUGCCCAUGUAUAGAGGGCGGCUGUGUAAGAGUCAAAAUUUCAUUUUCUCUGUUUAUUCUAGCUAUACUAAUGUCUGUUUGAUAAAUUUGGUCAAAGUAACCCAACAAAAAAGAUUGAAACAAUUAUAUUGAUUAACUAAUGUAAGGUCAUCUUUUUAUAAUGGGACUAAAGAUUGAUUACUCAAUUGUCGGCUUGCUUUCAGUAGUGCUGUUCUGGCUAUACAAUAUCCACUGCUGGAAUAGUUACGGAUUAUUACAAUGGACUGUUGAUUAGCACAUAAAAAAUUUAUAAGAUCUAUUCUUUUUAAUAUUCUUAUGUACUUUUUUUUUUCUUAUGAGUCAUGUUAAAAAUUCUCUUAUAUACCAAACUUGAAAACAAUAUUAACUAAUAUUCGAGUGUCCGGUACCGGUAAGACUGGUGAGGUUAAUAUAGAUGGAUGAACAUUCAGGACAAUAUCCAUGACUUGUAUAAUCUGCUAUGAUAAUCAGAAUGUGUAUAAUUGAUAACUUUAGGAAAUUUCCAUAAUCCUCCUGAUAAAAGAAGAUGGAUUGGCAAAAAAAUAGUUUUUAGAUAAACUUCUGAGGACCUGCAGAAGUUCAAAAUACUGACUUUCAUUAGGGAGAUGACCAGUAUGAACAUCAUUACGAUAAACUGCAAAACCUGCAUGGUUAGACAACUAUUAUUAUCUCUGCUGAGGGCUAAAUUUGAAGGCAGGACUCGUUACUAGAUGAUCUAAAAUUUUGGUCCUUCAUGAAUGGACGGAUCACAAGGGUACAAAUUAGAACUUGUUGGAUAUCCUUUUGUGACUCUGUACAAGGAGUUGCUGCAUUUAGAUUUUUGUACCAGGCUUUAAAAAUCAUUGAAACGAACACAUAACCUGCACGGUAUGGAUUCUUUCUUUUUUUACAAUAUUCUUGAAAUAUAAUAUAGCAAUAUAAUAAAUUAUAAUCAAUGGAAGGCUUCAAUAACAAAUUUCUAUUACACAUUGAGCGAUGCUCUUUAAGGAUAAUUGAGUAAAAACUUUUAUUAUUAAUAUUAACAGCAUAAAUACCACUAUGCGUGACGCAUGUGAUAUGAUUUUUUUACUUUUGCCAACUAUUGUUGAAACUUAUUGUAACAAUGUAACGAAUUAUAAUAAUAAAUAGAAAGCUUUAAGAGCCUUUUUUUUUUUUUUUUUUUUGGGAGAUUGAGCAAUGAACUUUAAUGAUGAUAGAGCAAAAACUCUUGUCAUUAGUACCCAAAUGGAGGAUUUUAUACAAGUUGAACCUUGGUGUAGAAAUUCCUAUCAAUGAAUAGAGAACUAUGCAUAAAUUGAAUUAUAUUGUCAUGAACUUUAAUAAUAGUCAAGCAAAAAAUCCCAUCAUCAAUAUCGGUGUUAUUAACAUAACAUUCACACGGCGAAUAAAAAACUCUACCAUUAAUAUUGUGUCUUGCAUGAUGCGCAAGAUACAAUUUUCUUUCUCUUUUUUCAAUUGUUCUUAAAAAUGCAAUAUGAUAAUAUAAUAAUUCAUAAUAAAUAGAAAGGUUUAAUAGCCAAAUUUCUAUUAUAAAUUAAUCAAAUGGUUGGAUAUAUUAAUGUGUGCCUCAUUACUAUCUGUAUUUUAAUGAUGACGAGCAUAGAAAUACCAGCAUUAUUAAUACCAGUGUCUACACAAGGAAUGAAAGAUUUCUGCACAAGUCAAACCUCUAUUUUAGAUAUAUAUAAUAGAUUAGAUUUCAGACUUCAACGCAACACCGGUAUCGAUUUUAAAAGUCGAUUCCUCCCUUCAAAGGGGGUAAUAGAUGUUGCUUAAUGUGCGAGUCGAAUCUCAGGGAGAGGAAGAGAGAGAGAGUAAAGAAUGUAUGGGUCCAGCUGUGUCUGUACUUUAGAAGAUCAUGGAAAAGAGAAUCUAGACCUUCUUUUAUCUCUUCCUUGCUCCCACGCGGGGCUACAAGCCAUUCCUUAAAGCUCAUCCAAGUGUGAUAGGGAAGUGAUGCCAUUACCUCAAAAGCUACCCCUCACAUUACUACUUUGAAUCCUUGGCUUUCUUAUCCCUCAAGCAUUGCAGGCAUUCCUUCCCUCUCCAAACCUUUGUUCCAGCCUCUUAUAUAUCCCAAAUCACCAAGGGAAAAACCAAUCUUCCUCCCUUGAAGCUUAGAUUAAGAAACAGAUUGAGAUUGAGAGAGAGAGAGAGAGAGAGAGAGAGAGAGAGAUGUCUGCUGAUUGGGGUCCGGUGAUUGUUGCAGUGAUCCUGUUCAUCCUCCUAUCUCCAGGCCUCCUGUUUCAGCUGCCGGCGAGGACAAGGGUGGUGGAGUUUGGGAACAUGGGCACCAGUGGGAUCUCAAUUCUGGUUCAUAGUAUUCUAUUCUUUUGUCUACUAACCAUCCUGGUCAUUGCUGUUGGUAUACAUGUGCAUGCUGCUUGAUAGAAAGAUGGAUAAAGAGUCUCAUCGGCUGCCAUCUUCGUCCGGAAUUCUUUUGUUCUUGCUUGUAUUCAAUUCAGGGUAUGUGGAGCAAUCGAUGCUUUAACUAAAAGGCUUCCACUUUACACUGUAUUUAUUUGCAUUCACAAGUUCAUACUGGUCUGACAUUAUUCACAAGCUUGUUUGUUGCCAACAUCAUCUCAAACAGGAUUAGAGACCGGACUUCAAAAAAAAAAUAUAUAUAUCCCUCUUCCAAGUUUAUGAAAAGCUGCAUCUUUUAA